CUAAACAAGUGACGUAGUAUCUCGCUUCGAUACCUACCUAAUCGGAAAGUCGGAUCUCUAAAUUCACUAUUCUGGGCCGUGAUCAAAUAAGUAUUUCGAGUGUUUUGAAAUUUUAGUAGUAAAUUUACCGAAAUAGAAAAUGUCUAGAUAUCCAUACGGAAACCCAAAUUAUCCCCCACCCCAAGGACCAAUUUACCCAUCGCUCUACAAUCCUGCAAAUGCUCCACCUCCUGGCCAGCCUAAUGUACCACCAAAUUAUCCUGUGCCUGGUUAUAAUGUUCAACAUUCAUUCCAACCCGGGUAUAGUCUCGGACAACAACCUGCAGCAAUGUCUUACCCAGGAAUCACGCCAGCACCAACUGCACCUCGCGGCCAUGUGACACCACAUGGUGCAUUUGGUUAUCAAAGCUAUCCUUAUGUGACACCAACCCAGAGCUAUGAUACAACAAUUGAAUGGGUUCCUACAACUCCUCAAAAUGCUUCGAUACUUAGCGAGAAGGCAGUGGUGGCUGGUUAUGAAGGUCACGAUGGUAGUCCCCUUUGGGUGAUCAGGUCUCAGUUCCAAGGAGAUCUAAUCCCAGGCAAGUUAUGCGUGAAACAUUUCUCUGCAUAUGUUCCGUGGGGAGGAAAAGAAAAUGCCGUUCAAAACAUUGAGGUGUGCUGUGCCCGUCCUGAAAGGGUCAGGUGGUUGGAAAGCCGUGAUGGUGUGAUUCCUCCUAAUGCUGUAAUGGGUGGCAACACUGCAGCUGGUGAACCUCUGUAUAUUGGCAGGGCUAGGGAACAGGGAUCAUUGACCCCUGGAAAGGUGCACCCGAGUCACAAAGUGUUGUACAUAUCGUUCGCCGGCCAAGAACUACCUCAUAAGGUAUACGAAAUACUUUGCACAGUGUAAACCUUAAUUACUUUUUUACAGUUUUAUGAAUGUCUUUAUUUUUAUUAUUCUUUAAUUUCUAUUUAAUUUCUUAAAAGAGAUCUGUAAUAUUUUUGAACAUCAGUUUAUAGAAUGUAAUAAGUAUAUUUUGAUACGUUACGAACGUGUAUUAAAUAAAUAAAUAAAAAAAAACACCUAGAACAUUAAUAUUUUGCCAGCGUAAAGAUGGUGCAAAGUAACAAUAAUCUUAAUUAGAUAUAAUCUGUGGGUAACAUAAUAAACAAAUAAAUGAGUUGUAUUUUGUGCAUUUUUAUCGUUGAUAGCAUAUAAAUUGUUAUUAAUAGGCCUUUAAUUUUACUAUGAUGUUUAAUUAUAAUAUUUUAUAUCUACUAUAUUGUGCAAUGCUAAUGUAAUUUGUAAACAGGUGAAUAUAAGGUUUUCUAAAAUCUUUUAUACAGAUAUAAUACAGUAUAUAUGGUGAAUGUGUAAUUUUAUAACUUUUUAAUAAAGAUUAGAAAAAA